GCUGACACAAAUCUCCGCACGAACGCGCAUACGGUUACGCGCUUCCAGCCGGUGACUCUUCAAAAACCAGAUACAAUCCCAACGACCAGCACACAGACCGUGAACGGAGCCUACACAGACGGAAUUUGAGUCCUGUGCGCUUUAUCAAAAUAUAUCGGUCAUCCCAUAAGACUGAAUUCCCUUUACACUAAUAGUCAACCUCAACGGAUUAACCAACGCGGGUAAGCAGGUGGCUCUGUGGUUAUAGAUGAUGUCUUCCUCCUGGUGUCUGCCUCUGGCUCUCCUGUUCUCCACUCUGGCUGUUUCACACAGCACUGAACCUGGCUCCACACAUGCAAAGAGGAGACUGGCACAGCCCUCGCCAGGCAGUGGCAAUGCCCUCCAGUACCCUGAUCAGGGCUUCCAGAGUCAUGGGCACGGUAGGGAGCGUGGAGGGGGGCAUGGUGGCCAGGGGUCCCGCGGUGCCAAAGCCAGUUCUGGGGCUGGGCUUCUCUCCCGCAGGCCCCUGCACCCCGCAGCUCGGCCUGAGGAUGAUGGGACGGGUCUGGAGGGCCUGAACCCGGUGAGACUGGAGAUGGGUCCUGUGGGCAGGGAGCAGGAGAAGGGUCGUGGGGGCUUCAGGAACCCGUCUCAUGCCCGAGACAACCACCCUCUGGGGCCACGCAAGGGGAGAGGCCAGGGGCAUGGGCACCACUUUGACCAGAGGAGACAUGGAGGUCGGAGAGAUAAGGGUCGGCUCACUAAAGGUUUUCUCCCUGAGCCUGAGCUGGGCUCUGUUCUGAAGAACAGGGAUCUGUCUGAGGAGGGAUCUGUCUCCUCUGCCGCUGCAGCCGCCUCCUCUCACAGAUUGACCCCGCCCACUGAACCCCCCUCCCCCAUCUACGUGGUCUUUGGCUCCGGCUCCUAUGCGGUUUCCACGGUGAUGAGCGAGCAUCUCCCAACGCUGCCCCCAGCCUCCACCAAACCCCAGAAGUCUGGCCGGGGGAAGAUGCAAGGAGAGGUGAUGCCCACUCUGGACAUGACUCUGUUUGACUGGACAGACUACGAGGACAUGAAGCCAGUGGACGCCUGGCCAUCUUCCAGGAAGAAAGACAAGCGGCGCAGUAAGAACCUGAGCAGUGGCAAUGUGACAGUGGACACUGAUGCCAUCGAGCCAUGUGACCACCAUCUGGACUGUCUCCCAGGCUCCUGCUGUGACCUGAGACAACACGAGUGUAAGCCUCACAACCGGGGCCUCAACAACAAGUGCUAUGACGACUGUAUGUGCGAGGAAGGGUUCCGUUGCUAUGCCAAGUUCCACCGGAAGCGUCGAGUGACCAGGCGAAGGGGCCGCUGCGUGGUGCCAGAGUCGGCCAACAGUGACCAGGGUGCCUUCAUCACAGUGUGAGGGGCGACAGACACACACCAGAGGCCCCCACACACACUACAAAUUGAACAUGACCACUCCCUCUGACAAAACAGACAGAACACAGGUUAUACAUCACCUGACAGUGAUAGUUCAUUCAGCAUUUUCAUACUACCAACUCAUAUCAUCUCCCCCACUUCAAUGCCACAAAAUCAUGUACAUGUAUGUUAGGUCCAAAACAACAACUGUGCAGUGUCUGAAUAUCUGUGUCCUGUACAUAUGAAUGUCUUUUCUGAGAAUGGAUUGAUUACCAAUUGCUUUUCUACUGAUAAUGUUACACUACUCUUUAAAAGGUAAUUAGUAUGAUAAGCAAACAUGUUUGUUUGAGUUUCCUUUUAUAUGUUUAACUAUAUGUUUUAUUUAUACAAUACUUCAAACAGAACUCUCUGUCUAUAUUGUGUUUUUUUUUUCAACUUAAUUGUAUGUGAUUAAAUUCUUGUACAACGAU